AUGAUCUCUUGGGAAUUGGUGUCGCCAACGGAAUCUCUGCCAGCGACGCUUCCAAGUUACGAGGAUAUCAAGCUGCCGCCUAAGCCGCUUCGACCACACGUGGAUCUUGCUACUGGACCUUUUGUGGCGACACGUGUGCACCUGGGUAUAUUGAAGAAACUUGGGCCAAAUGUCAAGUCAUGGGAAUCGAGCUCGACACCACGUGCGAUGACGGGUCACUUCAGACGUUAUGCUGUGCACCUGGAACAAAUACCGGAACAUGUGCAUGAAGGGACCGAACUAGUCGCCGUGGACAACUUCGGUGCCAUUUAUGACCUUUCCUGCAACGGCGGCUCGCAGUCUUACUGCUGUUCUGGAUUUGUGCCAUCUUCCUACGAAAACACCGACUCUCCCAAGCUUAUUGGCCAAAAUGGUCUCACUAAACGAGGUUCUUGGGUUGCCGAAGAUCCCAGUUGUCUUGCGUUUAUGAACUUAGCCGCAGAUAUCCUGGGAAGCGACGUCAUAUAUGCCUUUGGGACAUCGGACAGACUGAAUGGUGGAGAUUUCAGCUAUGAUUACUACCAAGAAAUGGACGACUUGUGUGUCAAACGGAAAGAAGUCGUGGCACACGAGAAAGCUGCUGGGGUGAACGGCGCGAUAGCGUCAGCGGCCUCCAUGUAUGGUCAGGGGGCCGUUGGCCCAGGAAUCACUGCGCUGAACAUCGUCACGAAAACAAUCACUGCAGAGCCAGUUCAGGCAGUGAAAAUGAUUGGGCAAUGGCCUGUAGUUAAGUAUAGCGCGGACGAGCCAGACUGCAGUGUGACGUAUACUUGCAAAUACGGGAAGGGCUUUGACGAGAGGAAGAAGUAUUAUGCGAGCGCAGCGAAGCAUGCGCUCGAGGGAGGAAGGUAUUACUGUGAAGUUGAUGAGUUCCCCAUGGGGUCCUUGCGAGAAGCAGAAAACCAGGCGUAUCAAGUGGUUCGCUUCCUAAAUGGCCCACAAAAUGGAAGGCAGGGCACGGACUGGAACCAGUGGAUUCAAGCCGUGUAUAAGCCAUGCGAGUACUUGCGGGGCGAGAAAGGACCGCCGCCUAUCACUUGGGAGUUUGGCCCUUUUAAUGAGGGCGAUACUAGACAGAGAAAUGCGUUGGACAUGAAUCAUUUCGUUCGGGCCUAUGGGUUUGAUUCGCAAACACCAGGCAGCGAAUGCUGGGCCACCUAUACAUACAUCGAUACAAACGGUGCAGCGUCUACUUCAACCUGCCCGGACCAAGGCUUCCGCGGCAUGAAGGAUGACCCAAUGUAUCUUUAUUAUGAGUGGCCUCCUUAUAACAACUACGUGGACCCUCCCACUGUCCGCAAUCUUCCCCACCCGAUUUUCUCGGCUCAGUGGUUAAAACGUGAGAUCACUCGGUCUGUUCUCUAG